AUGAAGGGAUUCAAGGGCCAGAGCCCGUCAAUGGCUCCGGAACUGGGGGGCCUCUCUGCAAGCUUCGUGCCACCGAGCUCAGGCCUCUCUGGCACCGUGAAGUCGUGGAAUGGGGCGAAAGGCUUUGGCUUCAUCCAGGGGAGCGCGCUUGGGACCGACGUCAUGUUUUCCAAGAGAGAGUUGCCGGAUGAUGCUCAAGAUGUGCAGGGCAAGUUUCUCACUGGGAGAACCGUCUACUUCGACGCGCAAGAGGGUCCGGAUGGCCGACAGAAAGCCACCACCGUGAUGAUCCCCCAUGUUGAGGGCCUUCCUGUGCCCGGCAAGAUCAAGUCCUACAGCGAAAGACAUGGUUGGGGUUUUAUUACCUCCAGCGCGCUUACGGAAGAUGUCCGCUUUGACAAGAACAGCCUGGCCGCUCUGGAGGGCAUGCAACCUGAUCCCAAGCUGGCUGGUGUCCCGGUUGUCGUGGAGUUUGUUGCCAGACCCGAUGGCAAGCUCAACGCGAAGCGAGUCAUGUUCCAAAGCGGUGAGAUUGCAGAGCGACUGGGCGUCAAGGGUCCCGGCUUUGGAGCGGCACCCGGCUUCGCAGCGACGCCCGGCUUUGGAGCGGCGCCCGGCUUUGGAGCGGCACCCGGCUUUGGAGCAGCGCCCAGCUUCGCCGCCGGGCCUGUCA